AUGGAUCCCUUCAGCCUCACCGCCGGUGCUGUGGGAAUCACAGCGUUCGCUUUGUCUAGCAUCAGUAAUCUUCGGAAGCUCCUUGAUGGCCUUGAAGAAGCAAGCAAUGUGUUGCAAGAUGUGAGAUCUAACUUGGAAGCCAUACAACGUCCGCUUUCCGCUCUCACGGAUCUUCAGAUUUCCGAUAGCAAAACUCAUGCCGAAACGAGAAAGGUUUUGGAAGAGACUGGUGUCGCUGAAGCCGUGAAUAACUGUGGGCAAGCAUGCGCUGAGUUUACGAAGAAGCUUGAGAAAUGGACAAAGCAUUCCAGUGCCCCGAAGCUGUCCCUCAGGGAUAGACUGUCAGUCGGUUUAUGGAACAAAGAAAAACUUCAGACGUUCAAGACGCAAGUCGCUACUUGUCAGGCUAUAGUUCAGCUUGCCAUCGACAGCGCCCAGUUGGUUAUCCUGGUCCGAUCUGAAAACGCGUCAAAAGCCGCACGGCAAGAGACGGAGAAGCGACUGCGAAUUAUAGAAAUUGAUAUUAAGGAGCAAAUCCAACUCACAAAGAACACGCAAGACGAAACCUUGCAGCGCAAGAAAGAACUUGACAGCUUUGUGGACGAGGAUGAGGAAGAGGAUGAGGACGGCGGCGCUCAGAGAGCUCUGGCCAUUCAAGAGGUCGAAAAGCGAUCACGCGUACUGGAAGCAAACCAAAUUGCCUAUAUGGCUGUUUCCCAAAUCCUUUCCAGACUGUCCGUGGCGCAGGUCGGCGACACAUACCACAUCGACUUUUCAGGUAGCACCAAUCAUGGCUUACAGGUCGGCCAUAGCACGGGUACGCUCAAUUGGAAUAGUUCCCGCAAUUAA